AUGGACAUGGACGACGAUAGCCCUUGGGACUCGCGAAAAACUUACAUAGUGAUGUUUAUUUGUCACGUCCUUGGAAUAACGAAUAUCAGCACAAUACCAAAUGACGCCCUGUUGCAAGGAGCUUUCGGAUUCUCAAUAGUCCUGAUUAUAGUUUACAUCACUAUGGGUAUACCAAUGCUGUACGUGGAAUCCAUAGUUGGUCAGUUCACAGCGAGAGAUUGCAUAGAUGUCUGGAAGAUUCGACCUUGCCUAUCUUACAUAGGAUAUCUUUUAAUUAUUUGGCAAGCAUUCACACUUAUCUAUAAUCAUGUUGUAUCAUCGUUUUUGUUGCAUUAUUUUUUAAUAAGCUUCGAAACGCCCAUACCGUUUUACACUUGCGGAUUUUGGAGCACAAAAUAUUGCGGUAAUCUUGUCAAUAACUACACAGUUAACCUGGAUUGCGUGAAGAACCAGAACAUAUUUCCUUACUGCGAGCAUUUAUAUAAAACAUUUCCUGAAUAUCAGUAUUGGAGACUGAAUUUGGUACCAUCUGGGCAUGUAUGUAAUUUUUGUAUAGCCUGGAGGGUAUGCCUAGCUUCUGGGCUUAACUGUAUCGCCAUUUUCCUAAGCUGCUUCAAGAGGUCCAAGUCACUGAAGUGGGUUAUCAAUAUGUCCAUUGGCUUUCCAAUACUAACGCUAGCGAUACUCCUGAUGGGUUCCAUGCGGCAAGAAGGUUUGGUGGCGAAAUAUGAGGAGGCUAUAGAUAUAGAUUUUUCGAUUUUUGCCGAGCAUUUUCGCUUUUCGAGUGUCGUACAGAAUGUGAUGUUUAAUUUGGGUAUAGGAUCGGGGCUGACCUUUAACCUCGCAUCGAGUGCACCUUUCCGGUCGCCAAGCUUCUCUAAUACAGUUGUCACAGUAAUGAUAUGCGUGGUUUACACAAUUAUUGCUAUAUUUACAACGGCUAUGUUAACCUGCCCGUAUGCUUUCAAAUACGGUCCUUCAGCCGGUGACAUAAUCAGAACACCAUUGUCAUUUGCGUUUGAGAAAAUACCAAGACUACUCUAUGAAUAUCAGGAUAAAAUGUUCUAUCUUAUUGUAAUUUACAGCUGCUACUUUAUAAUAGCCAUCAAUUCCAGUUUUGUGUUAUUUUAUAAUUUACUCGAGGUCAUAUUCAAUAGGAACCCGAAACUGGUGAACUAUCCUGGCUUAACUGUUUUCUGUGCGUCUCUUAUACUCUAUAUACUAACUAUCCCAUUAUUAAGUUAUAUUGGUGUUAGUUUAUUAGCAUACAGUUUUAGACGACACGUAACUCUCAUAGCAACAUUUGUCGGUGCCUUGGAAUGCGUAACUUUUGUUUUUUGGUACGGCAUGAACAGAUUUUCGGAAGACAUACAUUUCAUGGUCGGCAUUCGACCAAAUAGCUGUAUCAAGGUUGCAUGGGGUUUGAGCAUUAUAUUCUUGAUAUACGCGUUUUGCUACGAAGUACAUGAUCAGUUAGAAUACUCUAAACAUUUUAAAUAUUCUACCUAUAGCGUUAUAGCUUUUGCUAGUCUUCUUGUAAUUGUUACACUUGUGAGGUUAUGUGUUGCUGUGAUAAAACGGAGAUUUCGCGAAUUUAUAGCACUUGAUAAGACAUGGGGACCGAGAGACGACAUCUUACAAAGAAGCAGAGGAAUGUUUUCCGCGCAGGCUAUGACCAAAGAGUACAUAUACCGACAAUAUCACCUUCAGGCCGGUAUAUUGCAGAGACAAAGAAGGUCGAAUAUAAGGGCUCCUUUACGCUAA